AUGUUGGAUUAUCACUUCGAUGACCUCAGCAGAGCUUCAAUAGAAGCCCAUCUGUCACUAAAAGACCAUCACCUUGCUCGUCAGGAUGGAGAGCUCUCGAACGCUGAUCUCAUAAGCACGGCUGACACAGAAGAGAUCAACAUAACCACCGGAUGCAGCCACGCCAGCAAAGUCAAAGGACUUCAGUUCCCGCACCAUGUCCCAAGCCUUCCUCGUCGCCUGCGGGAGUCUAGCAGUAGACUCGUCAUCUUAGUGGGACAAACCACGCAUGACAUCCUCCUGAGAAGGCAUCUUCCAAAAGGCGAAAAUCGGCCGUCUCCCGAAAUUAUCCAAACACGAUCUUAG